AUGACUGUAGACGUCAUUCAACCCCAGCUCCAACCUCAAGGUCAAGACCAACACCAGCAUAUGCUACAGACACAGACAGCAGAACAAACUCAGGAGAAACCGGCAAGAUUUCGAGGAUUCAUUGGUGGCAUUACUUCAGGUGUUACUAAACUAUGCGUUGGACAUCCAUUUGGUGCAACACCUCCAUUAAUUGGGUGGAUGUUCAUGGACAGCAUAAUGCUUGGAACUCUUCAUAAUUGUCGGUUAUUUUUAAAGGGCGAUGAUCCAACCGCACAAUUAACACUCUUUCAACACGCAUUAGCUGGGAUUGGUGCUGGUAUCGCGGUAUCUUGUAUCGCCACGCCGGCAAGGUUGCAAGUUCAGUACGAUGCAACGACAAAAACGUAUACAGGCCCGAUCGAUUGCGCCCAGAAAUUGAUACGCAAUAAUGGUGUGUUUGGACUUUGGAAAGGGAUGGGAGCAACCCUAAUUCACAGGUCAUGGUUCAGCGUGCUUUGGAGUUCCUAUGAACUUUACUCCUCAUACUUGCGCAAAACGGGUUUAAGCGAGCCAGUAAUCAAUGGCCUUGCUGGCGGGAUGGCAGCCAAUACAUUUUGGCUAUGCGCGUAUCCUUUUGACGUUGUGAAGAAUCGGAUCAUGACACAACCCGAUGUCAAGCCACUUCAAUACCCCAGCUGGAUUAAAUGCUUCAAGCAUCUUUACAUUACAGAGGGUGUCUAUGGCUUUUAUCGAGGAUUCAUGCCGUGUUUACUGAGAUCAUUUCCCACAAAUGCGGCGGCUAUUGCCGUUUGGGAGGCAACAAUGAGGUCACUCAAAGCCAUUGGUUAUUGA